AUGGUGCAGUAUGUGUUUACGCCUUGGCGAGACCGCCAGGAGCUGUUCCUUGUGCGGGAGCAGUUCUAUGGCUCUGAGGCAUUGAUGCAGGCCGUUGGUGGCAUCCAGGGCGGCGCAGCUUACAGCCACCAUCAGCAACGGAAUCAGGACCAGAGGCGAGGAGGAGUCGAGGGUGGCAGAGACGCAGACGCCGAGGACCAGCAGCAUCGAGAGGAGGGGCAAGGCUUGAAUCAGGGGGAUGCACGGCGCACCACCGCUGCGGCUGCGGCUAAGAAUCACCAGACAUCACGAGAGCAGGGAAACGGAGAGAAGCACAAGGCCGUGGGGCGAGUCUCCAUGUGGAUGCAGCGCGGCAACUGUCCGCACAUGGUGGAGUCGACGGCACUGCUCAUGGCUGCAGUCCUGAGUGACGAGGCCGCGGCCACGGGGAAUGCAGGAGCAUCGACGUAUGCUGUGAGGGCUGCAUAUGCAGCUGCGUUUAGUCGCUUCGUCACAGGCUUGUUGGAUGGGCAUCAAGACAAGCUGCGUAAACAGAGCAUGUACUCAAUCGCCAAGAACAUUGGCUUGCCGGCUACCUUUGUUGAGCUUAGGCAUCAGGCCACGCAUGAGCAGCUGCCAUCCCUUGCUAAGCUGCGAUCCGCCGCAAGAAAGGCUCUGGUCUGGAUUUGGGACUACUACUGGAAGCACCUGGGGGAGGCAGAAAAGGCCAAAGAUCCAUGUAGGGAGCUGAUCUUGUCCUAUCUGCGGGAGGACGACGAGGCAGCGAGACAGAGAAUCAUGGGGCAGCUACGUCAGUGGGAUCUUGUCUAUUUGCAAACGACAAUUGCCGAACUACAGAAGACGCUGCCUGGGAACCAAGUGUUUCUCAAGUGCUUGAAACUGUCCAAAGAUAUGGCGGCUAUGGCCACCGAAGAAGCAAACCAACCGGAGCCGGAGGGGAGUGGGAUGCCGGAGGAACAGGAACAGGAACAGGGACAGGAACAAGAGCAGGAUCUGGACCUGGAUCCGGAUCGAAGCCCGGAGCCGAACACGGGAUGGUCCCGUUAUAGUGGUGCUUGGAAACCGAAACCCAUUGGCGUAGCCUCCAACAACUAUGCCUAUCUUGUGAUUGACGACAAAUCCAAAGAUGCCGUCAUUAUUGAUCCGGCAAACCCUCCGGAGGUUGCUCCUAUCCUCAAGGAUGCCAUUUCAUCUGGCAGGAUUAACUUGACGGCCAUUCUGUCUGAUCUGGGCAACGACAAGCUCGCCAUCAUCGGCGGCAAAGACUGCGAAGGCGUCACCAGGACACCGCAGCACGAGGAGACGUUCAAGAUUGGAGACAUUUCCGUUAAGCCUGUGCACACCCCUUGCCACACCCAAGACAGCAUCUGCUAUUACAUGGAGGACUCAACCGGCAAGGCUGUCUUCACCGGCGACACACUCUUCAUCAGUGGAUGUGGCAAAUUUUUCGAGGGCAACGGGGCAGAGAUGCAUGAGGCCUUGAACAACCGUCUCGGAGCGCUGCCAGACGAUACGGUUGUUUAUCCUGGACACGAAUACACAAAGUCAAACGUCAGAUUCACCAUUUCCGUCUCUCAGACAGAGCCCAUCAAGAGCCUCCAGGCGUUUGCCGAGAACAACGAGGUGACCACUGGCAAAUUCACGAUUGGUGAUGAGAAGAAGCACAAUGUCUUUAUGAGAGUCCAGGAUCCCGAGAUUCAAAAGGCGACAGGCGAGACGGACCCCGUGUCUGUCAUGAGCAAGCUGAGGGAGAUGAAGAACAACUUCAAAAGACCUCCGAAGCGCAAAACCGGCGGCCCAUCCACCGCAUCGAAACCGCGACAGUCGAAACUCGCUAAAGAGCACAAUGUCACCGCGCAGGAGGAGGGCGAGAUUAAGGAAGCCUUUAGUUUGUUCGCGGAGCCGAUGGACGGCGAGAAGAACGGCGUGCUGCCCAUCAACGACCUGAAAUCAACACUCAUCGCCCUCGGCAUCCCCCCCUCGUCCCCCGCCGAGCUCCAGGAAUUCAUCGCCAUUCUCGACCCCGAAUCCGACGGCUACGCCACCUACGAGCCCUUCUUCGCCAUCUGCGCGCUCAAGUUCCACGCGCGCGACAGUAGCGGUAGUUCGGAUGCUCACCGCGCGGAGCUCGCCGAGGCCUUCCAGCUCUUCACAAACGGCGCCGACGGGCCCAUCACACUGGCCCACCUGCGCCGCGUCGCUGCUGUGCUCAAGGAGGACGUGGACGAGGAGCUGCUCAAGGAUAUGAUUCUCGAGGCGAACGGCGGGGUGGGCGUUGCGAGGGGUGUGGGGAUGGAUGAAUUUGAUAGUGUUAUGAGGAGUGCUGGGGUUUGGCGGUGA